CAGAUAGAGAUGAAACACAAUCUGAAAGUUUUGUAUUUAAUUUCUAAUAUCUUCAAAAAACAUAAACAUGCUGAGAUACGAUCAUAUGCGGGAUUAGGUUGAGGCCCUCGGCAUAUCCGGUGAGAAACGGACAAACGCGGGAGCGAAGCGCGAGAAAACAAACCAGCAAAUUAUUAAUUCACCAGCGUAAAACACGAAUAAACCGCGUUUUUUAUGAUUAAAAUCGCUUUGGGGGUUAUUAUAUGAACUCGAAAUGACGGAAUUACUUUUUAACAAGAGGUUACAGGUGCUUGUGAAGAAUAGAGAUACCGAUGAGAGACGUUCAUUCAUUCGUAUCAGUAUUGAACUGCAGCCAUCAUCAAAUCCUGUCCAUAGAAAGGAUUUGGUUGUACGGCUGACACAUGAUACUGAUCUUUACUUUUUAUACAACCUUGUCAUAUCAGAGGAAGAUUUUCAGAGUUUAAAGGUACAACAAGGGCUUUUAAUAGACUUCACAUCAUUCCCACAAAAAUUUAUCGACUUGCUUGAGCAGUGCAUCUUUGAACAGGACAAAGAAAACCCACGGUUUCUCUUGCAGCUCACGUCGGCUUCAUCAGCGUUCGAUCACAGUCCUUCAAACCUUAACAUUGUGGAGACGAACGCUUUUAAACACCUCACGCAUCUCUCUCUGAAACUGCUGCCGGGAUCUGAUACGGAUAUUAAGAAGUAUCUGGCCACCUGUCUGUCCACUGUAAAGGAGGAAAAGCAGCAGUUGGAACAGACGUUGAGAAAGACUGAGGAAGAUCUGACAAGACAGCUAAAUUAUGCGCAGCAAACCCUGUCUGAGAAAAGUCGAGAGUUGGACAAACUGCGAUCUGAAUGGACGUCGCAAACGACCUCUCUGUCCAGCAGACACAUGCAAGAUCUCACAGCUGAGCGUGAAAAAGCUCUCGAGAUACAAGCCCGUCUGCAGCAGCAGAACGAACAGCUGCGACAGGAACUUGAGUCGUCGCAUCACAGAAGCACCCAGCAGCUCCAAACCAAAGUCUCCGAGCUGGAAACGGCUAACAGAGAGCUCAUCGACAAGAAAUACAAGAGCGACUCCACCAUUCGAGACCUUAAAGCCAAACUGGCCAGCCUGGAAGAGGAGUGUCAGAGGUCCAAGCAGCAGGUUCUGUCGUUGAGGAGAGAGAACAGCACCCUCGACACCGAAUGCCACGAGAAAGAGCGUCUGGUCAACCAGCUGCAGACGCGAGUGGCCGUCUUAGAGCAGGAGAUCAAAGAUAAAGAGCAGCUCCCGGUAUCACCGUCUAUCGCGGCAAGCCUACUCACAGACACAAUUUCUCAGGCCAACGGCAUCAUCAAGAAGCUCCAGGGGGAUCUGAAGGCGCUGGUGGGGAAGAUCAAGGUGAAGAACACCGUGACGGUGUCUCAGGAAAAGAUCCUGCAGGAAACGACGGAGAAACUGCAGCGGGAGCAGCGAGAGCUGCAGGACGCCCAACAACGGCUCCGACAGAAAGAGGAAGAGGUAAUGAAAUUAAACGAACAAUUAGACGCGACAGUUCAGAAACUGGACGAGAGCAGGGAAGUGUUAAAAACCAAUGAGAACGUAAUAACUUGGCUGAACAAGCAGCUGAAUGAGAACCAGCUCUCUCGGAAGCAGGAAACUUUAGGAAUGUUCGAGACUCCUGCCGCAGGUCUGAGAACAGGAAGUGUUCCUCACAAUAUGCUUGAUAGCAAAGGUUUCCCCUCGUCUUUGGGACAGGGUUUCCCCAUCACCUCUACAAUAAACUCCAAAUAUCCUCUUUCUCUUUCCUGUGUGAGCUCAGGACCUCGCUCUGUCCUGUCAGCACACAAUCAGACGUCUGGACCAAAGGUCCAGUUUAACCCUACGAGUGCCAAACCUUCAGCAGCAGACGUGAGUCCCACUGCACUCUUUCAGCCCUCCAAUAAAGAGAACGGAGAACGUGUUGAUCUGGACUCCAAGUACUUUGAGAGACGAGAUGACAGCAUUCCUCUCCGCGGCCUUCUACCCAGCAUGCAUCUAAACCGAGAAGUUCCUAAGCCUUUGAACACGGCUGGAGCAAAACCAACAGCUUCUGCGUAUUUCCCAGCAGUUUAGAUGCACUUCUAUUCAUCACUAUGUUGUGUGUGAGAAGGCCACUACUAAGAUGGGAAUUCAUUGCAAAGUGUCCAUGCAGAUGAUAUUCAUGUUUGUUUAAAAUGUCUUCAAUAAUUUAUUAAAACAUUUAUUUUUAAACCCAUUUCUCAACGUGUUUACUAUGGAAGCAAGUUAUUGCCACAGAAUGGAAAAAAAAAGGGAAAAAAAGGCAGAAUUGGAGAUGUAAACUUGCAAUUUUGAGAGAAAAAAGGCGGGUGGAAAAAUUGCAGUUUAUAUCUUGCUGUUAUGACUUUUUUUUUAGAAUUGUGAAAACGA